AUGGUUCACGUUGUCCGCACCUUUCGUGCACCGAGGCUGUCGUUGCCCAGUGUGGACCUUGCGGCCCUGCGGGAGCUGCUGUGGUCAGGGGCACCGGAGGAGGAUCCGAAAAUCCGGGCAGAAGCAUGGCAGAUGCUGCUGGGGUAUCUGCCCCCAGUGAAGGAAAGACAGGGCCCGGGCUUGCAGAAGAAGCGGGAGGAGUAUGAAGAGCUUCGGAGAAGACAUUACACGCCCAUCGAGUCAGGCCAAGAUGGCUUGAGUGAUGUGGAUUCGACAGCGAUCCUUCGACAGAUUCGUGUGGACAUUCCACGGACAUCACCUGGCUUACCCAUUUUCAGCCAUCCUCGGAUACACCAGCUACUGGAGCGGGUUCUGUUUAUUUGGUCCAUACGGCACCCAGCCAGUGGCUAUGUGCAGGGCAUCAACGACAUUGCAACUCCCUUUGUAGUUGUCUUGUUGGCAUCUAAGCUUGACUGCGUGCCUGAAGGCAUAGAUGUGGAUGCUGCCACAGACGAGAUGCUGGACUCUGUAGAGGCCGGCUCCUACUGGUGCCUUACCAAGUUCCUAAGCGACAUUCAAGACCACUACACCGCAGGACAGCCAGGAAUACAGCAGAUGGUUGCAAAACUGAAGGAAAUUGUACAUCGAAUCGACCAGAAGUUGUAUGAGCAUCUGGAGUCACAAGGCUUGGACUUCCUGCAGCUCUCCUUCAGGUGGAUGAACUGCUUGCUGCUUCGUGAGUUUCCUUUUCCGUGCGUCAUACGCCUCUGGGACACAUACAUCGCGGAGCCGCUGGAGGGGUUCUCAUCAUUCCAUGUCUAUGUCUGCGCAGUCUUUCUCAUUUAUUGGUCCCCACAGCUGAAGCAGAUGGAUUUCCAGCAGCUCAUGCUCUUCAUGCAGAAGCUUCCAACUGGAAAGUGGCGCAACCAAGAGAUUGAGUCUGGUCUGGCACCAUACGUUUCCAGACCGUUGAAGGUGAAGGAAGAUCUCAAAGCAAACAGGUACUUCGUUGCAUCCGAGUACAACUUUGACGGAGGUUCCCACCGAUCUCCUUGGUCCGACAGGUACAUCCCUCUGCCACCUGGUGGCGAGGCUGAGGAGGACAGGCUUUUCCGGCCCUCUGCGCGGUUAAAGCGACUCGAGGAAAGCUUCAACGAGGUGUUCGAGGCAUACGUCAUGAGCUACUACGAGGGUGGUGUGUCAUCUGUGUACCUCUGGGACCUGGAUGAGGGCUUUGCCGGUGCCUUCCUCGUUCACAAAGAGCUGUCGAAGGUUCUUGGCGACGGGCACACGGGUGCGUGGGACUCGAUCCACGCAUUGGAGGUGCGGGAGUCGCCGAACUCCCACUACGUGGAUUUCAAGCUCUCCAGCACGAUAUGGCUGCAUUUGCAGGUUGCUUCAAAGACCGAUCAGACCGAGCUUUCCGGGCACCUCACUCGUCAGGCAGAAGCCCGGUUGGAUCGGCGCAAGAAGGCUGGAGAGGACCGGCCUUGGGAAGAGGUGUCAAAGCAAGUUGUGCAUCAAAGCAAGCUGUACAUCAAAGUUCAACAUCGCAACAGAAUCUUAAUGGUAUGGUAUGGUACAUAA